AUGAACAGAGAUGUUGAAGAGACCCGAGAUGCUGAAGAGACCCGAGAUGUUGAAGAGACCCGAGAUGUAGAAGAGACCCGAGAUGUAGAAGAGACCAGAGAUGUUGAAAAGACCAGAGAUGUUGAAAAGACCAGAGAUGUUGAAGAGAGCAGAAGUGCUGAAGAGAGUAGAGAUGUUGAAGAGAGUAGAGAUGUUGAAGAGAGCAGGAGAGCGGAGAUAUUGGUCUUUAUGAUAAAAGCAAAAGCAAAUAGUCUAACGAGUUAA